UAGGCAAGAAUUGAAAGAGAUAGGCAAAAGUACAUUUCCCAGAAUCCCUUAUUUUGUUGUGAUUGGUCGAUGUCUAAACAAGAAGCUAAACUGAAAGAAGAAAGAAGCGGGUUUGGCUUCCUAAUCCUGAAUAGAGCAGCAGAGUGUGGAAAUAGUGCAUACAGACAGAAAUACUGACCGCACAUGCAGAGUCAGCUAUCAAGGAAAAAAAGUAGAAAGAAGAAUCAGAUUCGUCUGGACCUGCCUGCAGCCCAAAAUGCAAUAAUCAUAUGCCCCUCAACAAUCUUUCAACUGAAGUGUGAGGACUGUACAUUUAUCUUCUGAAAUGGCACACAUCAGCCUUCCAACUGCAUCCCUGGUUUUGCUAAACCUGGCAGUAUGCCUUGCCCAGCCAUAUCCCUUCAUGGACCCAUCUCUGCCUUGGGAUGAUCGAGUUACAGACUUGAUUUCACGACUGACUCUUGAGGAGAUGGUUCUCCAGUUAUCUAGAGGUGGAGUGAAGCAGAAUGGGCCUGCACCUCCCAUCCCAAGACUAGGAGUGAAACCGUAUCAGUGGAACACAGAAUGCCUAAGAGGUGAUGCUCAGGCACCUGGUUGGGCUACAUCCUUUCCACAAGCUUUGGGAUUGGCUGCAAGUUUCAGUCCUGAGUUGGUGGCUCGUGUGGCCAAUGCCACCGCUACUGAAGUCAGAGCCAAACACAACUACUUCAUGUCUGUUGGAAUCUAUGAUGACCACACUGGACUUAGCUGCUUCAGCCCUGUGAUAAAUAUCAUGAGGCACCCUUUGUGGGGGAGGAAUCAGGAAACUUAUGGUGAAGAUCCCUAUUUAAGUGGUCUUCUAGCCACAGCAUUUGUGAAGGGACUUCAGGGAGACCAUCCUCGCUAUAUUAAAGCCAAUGCAGGCUGCAAACACUUUGAUGCCCAUGGAGGCCCAGAAAAUGUUCCUGUUUCCAGAUUCAGCUUUGAUGCAAAGGUAGAGGAAAGAGAUUUGCGGAUGACUUUUCUGCCACAGUUUCAUGCAUGUGUUCAAGCUGGUGUCUAUAGCAUCAUGUGUAGCUAUAACAGGGUGAAUGGGGUCCCUGCCUGUGCCAACAAAAGGCUUCUUACAGACAUACUUCGUUCAGAAUGGGGUUUCAAAGGUUACGUAGUUAGUGAUGAGGGAGCUAUUGAAUAUAUAAUGGAAAAACACAAGUAUACAAGCAGCUUCUUGGAGACAGCAAUUGAGGCUGUAAAUUCUGGGUGCAAUCUGGAACUGUCCAUCAAUCUAGCAGAUAAUGUUUUUAUGAAAGUUGAGGAUGCCGUGAAGUUUGGCAACAUAACGAGAGAAACACUAAAAGAGCGGGUUUACCCUUUGUUUUACACCCGCAUGCGUUUAGGAGAGUUUGAUCCACCAGAGAUGAAUCCGUACAGCUCACUGGAUCUUCAUUCUGUACAGAGCCAAGAACACCAAGCUCUUGCAUUGGAAGCUGCUAUCAAGAGUUUUGUGUUGUUGAAAAACACCAAAGACACUUUACCAUUAAGUCUGGAGUCAAUUAAAGGAAAGGCAAUUGGGGUUAUUGGCCCUUUUGCUGAUGAUCCUGUAGGUAUUUUUGGAGACUAUGAACCUCAUCCUGACCCACAAUAUAUAACUACUCCCAGGGGUGGCAUAGCAAUGCUUCCAGUGCAAGUACGCUUUGCUGCAGGAUGCAGUGAUGCUCAGUGUGAAAAGUACUCUCCUGAAGAGAUAAAACAAUUAGUUAAGUCUGUAGAUAUAACAAUCGUGUGCCUUGGGACAGGUAUUACUCUAGAGACAGAGGGAAUCGAUCGGAGAGACCUCUCUUUGCCUGGCCACCAGGCUGAACUCCUAAAGGAUGUUGUGACAUCAGCUGCAGGCCAUCCAGUUAUUCUGCUACUAUUUAAUGCUGGUCCUCUGGAUGUUUCCUGGGCGAAGAGCAGUGAUGGAGUUCAUGCCAUACUUGAGUGCUUCUUCCCUGCACAGGCUGCAGGUAUUGCAAUUGCAAAGAUGCUGGUAGGCUCUGACAGUGUGAGCCCUGCAGGCAGACUGCCAGCAACAUGGCCAUCCAGCAUGAAACAGGUGCCUGCGAUGGAGAAUUACACAAUGCAGGAGAGAACAUACCGCUAUUAUGGAAAUCAGGUUCCACUCUAUCCUUUUGGCUAUGGGCUUUCCUAUACCAGCUUUCAGUACAGUGAGCUGAUAAUGACCAGUUCUCUGAGUAUGUGUGACAUCCUCCAGUUGUCUGUGCAAGUCCAGAACAAAGGCAGUAGAGCUGGGGAGGAGGUGGUGCAGGUGUACAUGAGCUGGUCUGAUGCCUCUGUCCCUGUUCCUGGUUGGCAACUUGUGGGAACAGAAAGGGUGACAGUUCCAGCCACUGAUUCUGUGAAGGUCUCUUUUUCUGUCCUUCCAAAACAGAGGGCAGUGUGGACUGACCUAUGGAUGCUUGAGCCUGGGGGUUUUCAUAUCUAUGUUGGAGGACAGCAGCCUUUCCAAGACACACAAGCCCCGUCCAACAUUCUACAAGGCAGCUUCACUGUGGAAGGGGUGCCCCAGCCCCUCAGCUCUUGCUAAUUCAGAUUUUCAACAGCCUUGUGACUUAUUUUAUUGCUUCCUUUGCUUGAGCACACACUUUAGGUGGUUCCUUUGAAAAGCCUGCAUCUUUGCUUCAUGUCUUCAUUAGUUUAUUCUAAAUUAGUUUAGGAACAUUAAAGAGAUGACUGUU